AUGUGCUCCAGCCUCUGGUUCCUGACGGACCGGAGGAUCCGGGAGGACUACCCGCAGGUGCAGAUCCUGCGCGCCCUCCGGCAGCGCUGCUCCGAGCAGGACGUGCGCUUCAGGGCCGUGCUCAUGGACCAGAUCGCCGUCACCAUCGUCGGCGGCCACCUCGGCCUGCAGGUGAACCAGAAGGCUCUGACGACAUUCCCAGAUGUAGUGCUCGUGCGGGUGCCCACGCCUUCAGUGCAGUCAGACAGUGACAUCACUGUCUUGAGACACUUGGAGAAGCUAGGCUGCCGCUUGGUCAACCGCCCCCAGAGCAUUUUGAACUGUGUCAACAAGUUUUGGACAUUCCAAGAGCUGGCUGGACAUGGGGUCCCCAUGCCAGACACGUUUUCCUAUGGUGGUCAUGAAGACUUUGCCAAGAUGAUCGACGAAGCUGAGCCCCUGGGGUACCCUGUGGUGGUGAAGAGUACUCGAGGACAUCGAGGAAAAGCAGUUUUCCUCGCCAGAGAUAAACACCACUUAUCAGAUAUCUGCCACCUGGUCCGUCAUGACGUGCCCUACCUGUUCCAGAAAUAUGUGAAGGAAUCUCACGGAAAGGAUAUCCGCGUCGUGGUGGUGGGUGGCCACGUCAUCGGCUCCAUGCUCCGCUGCUCCACGGAUGGGAGGAUGCAGAGCAACUGUUCCUUAGGUGGCGUGGGUGUCAUGUGUCCACUCACUGAACAAGGCAAACAGCUGGCCAUUCAGGUGUCCAACAUCUUGGGCAUGGAUUUCUGUGGCAUCGACCUCCUAAUCAUGGAUGAUGGCUCCUUUGUGGUGUGUGAGGCAAAUGCCAAUGUGGGCUUUGUUGCGUUUGACCAGGCGUGCAACCUGGACGUGGGUGGGAUCAUCGCCGAUUAUACCAUGUCCCUGCUCCCCAGCAGGCUUACCGGGAAGAUGGCCCUUCUCCCAGGAGUGUCUAGUGCCAGUGAGAAGAGCGAGCCAGAAGGAUGUGCUUCAGCCCAGGCCGGCCCAGAAAACAUUUACAUCACCAACAGCGGCUCUACAUCCAGUGAGAGUGAACCAGAGUUGGGAGAAAUCAGGGAUUCUUUGGCAAAUACGGCCAGGGCCCAACCCCCUUCACUGCCAGGCCCCAGCUACAAUAUUAACAACAUGAUUGCCUCAGAAUUAAAACUUAAAUGAAUUCAGCUUUUGAAUAUCAUUUAAACCAAAUCCUGCUGCUUCCCUGAUAGUUUUGAAUGAAUAAGAUCUUGACUAAUGUGUGUUCAUUUGCACAGAAA